AUGGAGGAUCUGGCCGACGAGCUGCCUGAAUCUUCCCCACGCUUCAUUCUUUUGAGUUAUCCCUUGACCCUGGUAGGUCGCAUCCAUGCUGGAGGCUCCAAGGCACCCCCUCACGGUUCCGGUCGCCUGACGGUCCCUUACGUCCUCCUCUACUAUCUUCCCGAAAAUUGCAAUCCAUCCAUGCGAAUGACAUAUGCCGGCGCUGUGGAGUUGAUGCGCAAUACGGCAGAAGUCAACCGCGUGAUUGAAGUUCAGGAUGAGGACGAUAUACUUUCCAUCGAAUCGAAGCUUCAAGGGUCGGACUAA